CAGACUUUUCAGCCGCUUCAAAAUCUCCAUUCAUCAUCAACCUAAGACAUCGUAAACUGAAUCCUCCCCAAAAAAUGAAUCCCUCGGAUUACGGUGACCACCCUCAGCUCCCAACGAUCAAGAUCCACCACCCAUCAUCCCCUCACCACCCCACCUCCACCGCUACCCCCACCGCGGGCGCCCGCCGCAGAAUCGGCGUAGCCGUCGACCUCUCCGAAGAGUCUGCUUUCGCCGUCCGUUGGGCUGUUCAGGACUACAUCCGGGCCGAGGAUGCUGUCCUCCUCCUCCAUGUGUCCCCCACCUCCGUACUCUAUGGAGCCGACUGGGGCCCACUCCCCCAUACCCCUCAAAGCCCGGGGACGCCGCAGUCACAGAAACAACUUGAAGACGAUUUCGACGCCUUCACGGCGUCGAAGGUGGCGGAUUUGGCCAAACCCUUGAAGGAAGCUGGGAUUCCUUUUAAGAUCCAUAUAGUGAAAGAUCAUGAUAUGAGGGAAAGGUUGUGCCUUGAGGUGGAGAGGCUAGGGUUGAGUGCUGUUAUAAUGGGGAGUCGAGGUUUUGGAGCUGAGAAAAGAGGGAGUGAUGGGAAGCUGGGAAGCGUUAGUGAUUAUUGUGUCCAUCACUGUGUUUGUCCCGUUGUUGUUGUUAGGUGUCCCGAAGAUAAAGAGGGCGGCAAUGGCAAGCCCGUGGUAACGGUUAAGGAGGCCGAGGUAGAGGCAGAAAGUGGCAAAGAUGCUUAGCGUAAUUUCAGCUUUAUCGUAUCAGUAGCAGGUCCGAAUCUUGAUGUUGGAAAUAUCUUCAAUCUCAAUUCUCAAGUUAUAAUACCUGUCGUUCUUAUUUCUUUCCAUCGUGCAUUGUAGCGAGUUUAGGAAUUAGCCGGCGUGAAGAGAAGUGGUGAAAUGUGUGUGCCAGUUGAUGGUUAAAAUGGAUUGAUCCAAGGGUUUCCUGGUCCUUGUAACAACUCUUUAACGAUGAUGUUGUACGGUUAACGAUGUUCUUGAUUUGAUUAUGGCCACUGAACUGAAGGAUGCUAUUUGCCUGUACUUGGAUAUAUGUACUAUGAGAUAAACCUUGUCUCGACAUUUGGUUUUA